AUGCCCGUAGGAUUAUCUCGAAAACAUACCGCCUAUUAUUGGGGUUCAAAAUUAAAAUCCGAAAAUAGUAAAAUACUAUUAAAAAAUCCUACUUAUUUAUUUGCUAAUCUUAAAACCCCUACUGGAGAUGCUGAUACAAUUUGGCAUAGUCUAGGGUUAUCGAGUGUAUUACAAAGUGAAUAA